AUGGUGGGUAUGACCCUGUUUGAGAAAAUGGAUGUGUGGCGUGAUAGCGUGAGAGCAGAGUCGAUUGUUCACAUUUUUAGCAUCUACUCUGCAGUUAUUAAGAUAUUUCAGGGAGAGGAACUACAGUCAAAUGAGCUGUACACUUUGAAUGAAAAUACCAGAUGUCUCUUAAGGACAGAAAUGGGCUCCUUAAUCAAAGAAUAUUUCCAGAAUCAGAUUUUGACUGAAGGUCUAUCAGUCAUUUUGGAUGAGAUUCAGGAGCAUGAAGGGGAAAGACAGCUUCUUGUUUUGGCCGAGGUGUGAGACACAUUUUUCUCAGAAAUUCUGCCUACCAUACAGGCAAUUCUUUAUCCUCUACAGGGUCAAGAGUUACAGAUGGCUCUUCUCAGCUUUAGGGAUCAGGUCCUAAUAAACUCUCUGGGUGACCUGCUGCGCAAAAACAUGUCCCUCAUUCCUGCAUCCAUCAAACAGAUGCUUCUUGUGUUGCAGGGUGUUGGGAAUCCAGGACCCUCAAGAAAUGAUUGCCAACUUGAGAAUAUGGUGGCGUUGGUGGUCACACCUUAUUUAUGGAACUGCAGGUACACAAGAAAAUCCAACAUUCAUACUUCAAUCUGAUCCAAACUUCUAUUCUG